CCGCCAUCAGGUGCUGCCUUCUUUGUGGCUGCGCUGCCUUUGCGCGUUGUUUUUUGCAGCUGCAAGACUUCUUCCUCUUUUCCUCCUCUCCCUUUCUCAGUGCCCUCCCGCUAGAAUAAGUGUGUAUUCGUUUGUGCCACAUGGGAAGCCGAAGUCGGAGGGGAAAAGACAAACACAGCCGCGUCCCGGGCGCCGGAUCACAUUCUUCUGUCUCUUUCAGCUCUUCCUUAUUCCUCUGGACUAUGCUCCCAUCCCGCCUCGCCCAAGCAUCCAUAGACCUGUACACCGCCCUUCCCGCCCACGGCAAACCCACCUGCAGAGACAACGGCGUCCCGGAAUGGACAAUACUCUCGACCAUAUCCCUCGUCUGCUCUACUGGCCAAGAACAAUAUACAACCCUUCAAGAUGACACAGAGAAACCUCCACGGAUAGUGCCAAUAUCUCUUGGGACAGGAGUCAAAGUUCUGCCUCAUGCGCGACUACCACCAGUGGGCGACGCAGUACAUGAUUGUCAUGGCGAGAUCCUGGCCAGAAGAGGCUUUAUUCGGUGGCUGAUACACCAGGCGUCUCUGGUCGCUGAUACGGGCACGCCUGUGGAUAAUGCACCCAGAGAAGAAAUAUUUGUCGAGCGAAAUGCCAGCGGGCAGUUCAGUCUCAAAAACGGCGUCAAAGUCUGGUUAUAUGUCUCGGCUCUCCCUUGUGGAGAUGCUUCUACAAUGUAUACAGCAAUGCAUCAAAGUCAGGAGGACGCGUCGCAAUGGUCCGACUCUCUCGACAUGCCUCCCACGCCUGCGCCAUCGCUCACUUCCUACGCCCCGCCCCCGCUCCCCGCCCCCGCAGGACCGCUCAGAGGACGCGGAAAGUACUCCCACAUAUCCUCUCUCCGCACCAAACCCGGUCGACCUGACUCGCCCCCAAGCACGUCAAUGUCGUGUUCCGACAAGAUUGCUUCCUGGGUCGUACUCGGCCUACAGGGCGGGCUAUUGGGAGCGAGUGGGUUAUGGGCGAAGAUAGAGCUGGAUGGCAUGGUGCUGGGUGGUGUGAAACUGCCUAGUGGGGCAGAUCUCGAGCCGGAAGAGUGGGAGAGGAGGGUGAAAGGUGAGGUCGAGAGGGCUGUAUACGAGCGAGUGGCCAAUCAAGUAUCACAGAAGUAUAUACCCCGUCUUCCAGACAUCCAAUUCACCUCCUUACCGUUCCCCCACUCCAAACCAUACAUCGCCUCACUCCAUCCCACGGCCCCCGAACCCCAACCAUCCGCCCUUUCCCUAUCACAUCUACCAUGGCUUCUUCUCCCCGGUGGCAAGCCAUCUAAAAGAGAGAUACUGUCCAACGGGACGAUACUGUCGGCACCAUGGAAAGCCCCUGGGUUUGAGCCCUUGCGGCCAAAAGGGCGCAGCAGGCUUUGUAAAUUCGAGAUCCUGUCGGCGUAUACCUCCCUUCUUCAACGAAUUCAACCCGCCCCGCCCGGCGGCUGGGACAACGCGACAUAUUGGGAUCUCAAACACCCCUCACCAACGCCAGCCUACCAGCUUGCAAAGUCUGCUUUGCGCGGCGAGUUGGUGAGAGUACCAGGCGAAGGCGCUUGGAAGGCGCUUGGGGAGAUGUACUCUACAUCCAAGUCGGAGGGGUCUACAGGACCAGAUCCGCCAUUUGAAGGGUGGCUGGUAAGCGGGAAACCAUUUGAAUCGUUUACAAUGCUUGGCGAAGUGGUGCAUGGAUAGCAUUAUACGCCUCAUCAGCGGCCCACGCGGGUCAUGCACUUUGCUGCCAAAAACUAUCGUGCCAAAGACGAGAAGCAAUCUUCAGUCUCUCUCGGUCUACCACCAACGACACGAACCCAGGUCGUGGGAUGCGACGCCAGCACCGUGGUGUCACUAUGGAUAAACAUUGCAUAAGGUGGUGUCAUUAUAAGUACUGUCAUGUACGAAGACCACUGAAAAGAAGAGAUAUGAAUAUAGAUUAUUGUGACUCCUCUCAACGCCACAUCAUGUAUACGUGUAUAUAAAUAUAGAGCGGGGUCGAUAUAAGAAGAGGACGGAAAGUGAUUAUAAGGACAUACUAGAGGGUGAGGGUGAUAUCAGACCGAGAGGAGAAAAAGGGAGCGAAAAGUAAAGACCAUUAUAGCUACAAUGAAAGAAGUGAUGUAAAGUCUAUAGCUACUAGUACUAUGCUCAACAGAAGUUUGCGUGUCUUGAUUUUGAAAUUAAAGAUUGUUAGGAAUACAGGUAUCGUAUUAAUGAAAGCCAAGCCCGGAGAGCGAGAGAGAAUAUGACUACAGAUCGAACCCAGGAGCCUUCAGCAGUAGCUCGCCGAAUGAUGACCCCUUCCCCUCCCUGCUUCAACGCUCGCAAAGCGGCUCGACGAAUACGCAUGUGAAAAAGACUUGCUCGAUGGCGCUCUUUCGACCGGGCUCAGAUUGAGCGGUGCGGUGCCGAGGCCGAGGUUGAGGCCGAGCGCGG